CUUCAGAGCAGAGGAGAAGGAUCAGCUGAGCACACCUGAGAGACCAGCGGCAGGCUCUGCACCAUGGACUUCAUCUCCCAGCUGCUGUUCAGCCCUCUGCCCACGUCGGCCAUCGUCUCCCUGCUGGCUCUGGCAGCCGCAACCCUGUUUUACCUCAACUCCAGACCCAAUCCUGUCCGGACCCCCACCGACCUCAGCCGCCAGACCGUGGGCAUCAAGGGUGGUGCAAGAAAAGCUGCAUUGAUGGAGGACAACAACAACCUGAUGUCUUACUUCUACGAAGACGCCAAAACCCUCUACGAGGUUUUCAAAAGGGGUCAGAGGGUUUCAGGUAACGGUCCGUGUCUGGGCUACAGGAAACCGAGUCGGCCGUACCAGUGGUUGAAGUACCGACAGGUGUCGGACCGAGCGGAACACCUCGGAUCAGGACUCCUCCAUCGAGGCCUGAAGCCAGGCUCAGACACUUUAAUCGGCGUCUUCGCUCAGAACCGACCCGAGUGGAUCAUCAGUGAGCUGGCCUGCUACACCUACUCCAUGGUGGUGGUUCCUCUGUACGACACUCUGGGAACUGAAGCCCUCGUCUUCAUCAUUGACCAAGCUGAGAUCUCCACGGUGAUUUGUGACAACCAGAAGAAAGCAGAAACUCUGCUGCAGAACCGGGAGAAAGGCCAGACUCCUGUUCUGAAAACCGUCGUGGUCAUGGACACUUUCAGCUCUGAGCUGGUCGAUCGAGGAACCAAGUGUGGCAUCGACGUCGUGUCCCUGCAGGACAUGGAGGCUUUAGGGAAGAGCAACCUGCAGAAACCCACCCCUCCAAAACCAGAAGACCUCAGCAUCAUCUGCUUCACCAGCGGGACUACAGGAAAUCCCAAAGGAGCCAUGUUGACUCACGAGAACGUCGUCUCAGAUGCUGCCGGUGUCCUGAAAACCUUUGAGUCGUCUGUCUUUCCAAACUCUCAAGACGUCAGUAUCUCCUUCCUGCCUCUGGCUCACAUGUUUGAGAGGGUCGUACAGACGAUUGUGUAUGGAGUCGGAGCGAGGGUAGGGUUCUUCCAGGGAGACAUCCGGCUGCUGCCAGACGACAUGAAAACCCUCCAGCCCACCAUUUUCCCGGUCGUUCCUCGACUCCUCAACCGGGUCUACGACAGGGUUCAGAGCGGAGCUGCGACGCCUUUCAAGAAAUGGCUGCUGAACUUUGCUGUGGAGAGGAAGUACGCUGAAGUAAAGGACGGCAUCAUCAGGAAGAACAGCAUCUGGGACAAACUCCUGUUCCACAGAGUCCAGGAGAGUCUGGGAGGUCGGGUUCGGAUCAUGGUAACGGGAGCUGCACCGAUAUCUCAGUCAGUCCUCAACUUCCUCAGAGCUGCUUUGGGUUGCCAGAUCUUUGAGGGUUACGGUCAGACGGAGUGUGCAGCCGGAUGCACCUUCUCGUUGCCGGGGGACGCCACAUCAGGUCAUGUCGGGGCUCCUCUGCCUUGUAACUUUGUGAAGUUGGUGGAUGUUGAAGAGAUGAACUACUUUGCUUCAAACGGUGAAGGAGAGGUCUGUAUUAAAGGCAAAAAUGUAUUUAAAGGAUACCUGAAAGAUCCUGAGAAAACUGCCGAGGCUCUGGAUGAAGACGGCUGGCUUCACACCGGAGACAUCGGAAAAUGGCUUCCGAGUGGAGUUCUGAAGAUCGUCGACCGUAAGAAGAACAUCUUUAAGCUGGCUCAGGGUGAGUACAUCGCUCCGGAGAAGAUCGAGAACGUCUACGGACGAAGUGGACCGGUGGCCCAGGUGUUUGUUCACGGAGACAGUCUGCAGUCCUGCCUGGUGGCCAUCGUGGUUCCCGACCCUGAAGUCCUGCCGGGUUUCGCCAAAGAUCUCGGCUGCCACGGAUCCAUCGAAGAACUCUGCAAGAAAACAGAAGUGAAGAAGGCCAUUAUUUCAGACAUGACCAAACUGGGAAAAGAAGCUGGACUCAAGUCCUUUGAGCAGGUGAAGGACAUUUACCUCCAUCCAGAGCAGUUCACCAUCGAGAACGGACUGCUGACGCCGACGCUGAAGGCCAAGAGAGCCGAACUUAAAACUCUGUUCCAGUCUCAGAUCGACAAACUCUAUGCCGACAUCCAAUAAACUCAAUAAACCAACAACUCAUCGACUCCAAUAAACUCAAUAAACCAACAACUCAUCGACUCCAAUAAACUCAAUAAACCAACAACUCAUCGACUCCAAUAAACUCAAUAAACCAACAACUCAUCGACUCCAGCAUCCAAUAAACACAAUAAACCAACAA